AAUUCUCAAUUAUAAUUUUUGCUUGCAGAAAUUGUGAAUUAUCUCUGAAAACAAUUGUUUAAAUUUAAUAAUUUUUUUAAAAUUAUGACUACAAAGCCCGUUAAAGUGGUGAUAUGCCGAGCUUGUGUUGGAGAAUGUAAAGAAUAUAAAUCUUUGUUUAAACAAGGCCUGAUAAUGGGAGAGGUGUCAACGUUGGCGUCAUUGUUGGCUUUCUGUACGAAUUUGGAAUUCGUGGAUGAUGAGAGCGGCUUGCCUAGUUUUAUAUGUACAAAAUGUGUCUAUGAUUUGGUCGGAUCUUAUAUUUUUAAGAAAAAAGUGUUGCAAGCAAAUGAAAUAUUAAGUGGUAAUUUAGAUGAAGAUGCUACUUGUAAUGCGGUGAGAAAAGAAGACAAUGAAAACGUUAUUGUGAUAAAUGACGCGGAAGCGGAUUUGCAAGAGUUAGCGGAAGCUGCUCAAAUGAAACGGGAACAAUUAGAACAACAAUUAUUCAAUGUUGAAAGCGAAGAAAAUGAAAAUGGAGAAUUUCUAAAUUUAACGGUGCUGGAUAGUGAUGGUGAGGACGAAAAUCAACAUCAAAAUGAUGAGGACCCGGAGCCUGAAGAAAUGGAAUUGGAAUAUAUGGAACAAGAUGUAGCUGAAACAACAGAAAUCUACCAUACAACAAUAAUUACUGACGAAAUGCAACAUUUGGAUGACGAUGGAGAAAUUGAGCAAGAGCAACAACUUCAACACCACGAAGAUAUUGUGGAAGAGGGAGAAAAAACUGAAUAUGAAAUCCAAGUAAAUGAUAUCGAAGAAGAUUAUACUGAACUGUUGUCAGAUAGCCAGGAUGGAGUGUCCCAACAAAGUUUUAAACGUCCCACAGAAGAUGCAACCAAUUCUGCAUCAGAUAAUAGUUUAAGUAAUCCCUCAAAAAGACGAAGAAUCAAUUCAACAGGCAAAGUUGCUAAUCCCGAUUAUCAGUGCAAGAUUUGUGGUAAACAAUUGAGCAACUCCAGCUCUUUUAAAUAUCACAUGAAAUUACAUUCUGAUGAAACUCCGUACAAAUGUGAAGUGUGCGGGGAAGCUUUUAAAACCCGCAAUGCUUAUGACGGUCACAUAUCCAUACAUAAUCCAAAUAAUCCCAACACCUGUAAGCUUUGUGGUAAAUCGUAUCGUCAGCCAUCAUCUCUUCGCAUGCACAUGUUAACGCAUUCUGGCAUCAAACCAUUCACCUGCGAAAUCUGUGGCAAAAGUUUAACCCAAAAGUCUGGUUAUAAGAAACAUAUGCUCACACAUACUGGCGAAAAACCUUAUUCUUGUGACAUAUGUAAUAAAUCCUUUUGUAUUUCCAGUAAUAUGUUGGUACAUCGUCGCUCUCAUACAGAUCAAAAACAACACCAGUGCACAGAAUGUGAUAAAUCAUUUCUCACCGCGGAUCAAUUGAAGCGCCAUGGAAUUAUUCAUUCAGAUGAAAGGCCUUUCAGUUGUGGUGUGUGCGGAAAACAAUUUAAACGUCAAACCGCGUGGCGUUCUCACCUGCAAACACAUCAGGAACUUAAAACGGAUAAAUCAAUUGAGUUGUUAUAUUCUGAUGAAUAUGAAGAAAAUAAUCGUGAAAAGACUACAGUUGUGGAGAUAUUUUAAAUCUUUAUUAAUCACAUACUUGUCAUUAGUUUUAAUAUACUAUAUACUAUUUUAAUGCUAUUUUGUUUUCAGGAAAUAUAAGUACAUUUAGACUACAGCAACAAAUUAUUUAAUAAUGGGUUUAUUUUAUAGGUAAUUUUAGAGUCCGACCGAAUAUUUAGAGAAUAAAAAUAUAAAAAAAUUA